GCUUGGUACAAAGAUGAAGCUCUGUACGAGUACACAUCCAGCGACCUCUUCUGGCUUCUUGCCAUCGCCAUCAUGAUCAACUGCUGGUGGGUCGACAAACAAUUCGAACCGUUCCCGGAUAGCACUAAAUCACCAAUGUCCCCCGACUCAAAACAUGUCUGGCUCAAGUCAAAAAUCACGUCCGAGCCUCGCAGGUACCUCGCAAUGGCCAUCUGCGCCCUCGUCUUGCCGGUUCAGCUCCUCCAUGGGUCUUGGGUGCUCAGAACACUCUGGCGCUGGACGGCUGCCCUUCUCAAGGGCACAUAUCCUUCGAUAAGGCCGCGACUCUUCGGUUUCAUUCUCUAUUCGCCUAUCACCUUGUUCAUACUGGUUACAUGGAUCGCAUUUCUCUUCGUGGGCAUGUUUUUUAUCGGUGAACAGUUCCUUUGCUUUAACAACAUA